CGGUUCUUCUAGUAGCUCGUUUCAACUAUUGGUUGAAAACAGUGGAAUCUCACUCAGUGCGCGCACCGGCAGUCGGCUCGCUCGAUUGUAAUUUUUUGAUCCGCAGGUCUUUCCGAAACAUAACCUAUUGCACGAUGAACGUUAUUUGAUAUUUAAAGAUAAUCUGUUUUCACUCUGGUUUGGAUGUUGUUUUCAUGGUAUAGAAAUUAAUAAAUAUAUAAAAAUGAUACCGACAACCCGACGCAUAUCGGAAUCCCUACUUCGAAGAAGUGGGAUCCUGUGCACCACUUUACAAGACAGGUGUAAGUGUGAGGUGAGUUUAAUCAACAACAGAUAUCUUAGAAUUGGAGCUUAUUUAGCACAACCUUUGCGGGGAAAAAAAGAUGACUCGACUACAAUCACAUCUUUGUUCAAACCAGUUCCCGUCAAGUCGAACCCAGAUGAUAUUAACGUGGGAGUUGAACUUAGUGGGGCUCUCAACAAAGCUGACCUCCUGAAAGUGCUCAAUCAAUUCUAUCAAAGAAAAGAGAUCAAGGUGCUCGCUAUGGAACACGGAUUGGACAGUUACUUACAACAUCAAACCUUCAUCAGUUUUCGACGCUACUGCUUAGAUGCUGAAACCUUGCCGGCAGACUUGCAUGUUGUAAUAAGCGACAUAAUGCAAGGAGCCGGGCAUGUCGAUGACAUAUUUCCGUACUUUAUGCGUCAUGCAAAACAGACUUUUCCCCAUAUUGAAUGUAUGGAUGAUCUCAAGAAAAUAAGCGAUCUACGCACACCUGCUAACUGGUACCCGUUAGCGAGAGCUAAGACAAGAAAAAUUAUAUUUCAUGCUGGACCAACGAAUAGUGGUAAAACUUACCACGCGCUACAGAGGUUCAUGACUGCAAAAAGUGGAUUAUAUUGUGGGCCACUGAAGUUGUUGGCUGCAGAAGUGUUCAAUAAAAGCAACACUAACGGUACCCCAUGCGACUUAAUUACCGGAGAAGAGAAAAAUUUUGUGAAAGGUGCAGACAACCCUUCAAAUCACAUAUCUUGCACAGUCGAAAUGGCCAACACAAACGCUGCAUGUGAGGUUGCCGUCAUAGAUGAAAUCCAAUUGAUGAAAGAUCCAGGUAGAGGCUGGGCAUGGACCAGAGCUUUGCUAGGACUGCCAGCCGAUGAAAUUCACCUUUGCGGAGAAGCUGCUGCGAUAGACUUAGUCCGCUCUAUAUGUAUCACAACUGGAGAGGAUGUUGAGGUACGGAGAUAUAAACGUCUGACUCCGUUGGAAGUCGAAGAGUCUGCACUGAAAUCACUGGACAAUGUAGUUGCAGGAGACUGUAUAGUUUGCUUUAGUAAAAAUGAAAUAUAUUCUGUGUCUCGUAGCAUCGAAUCUCGUGGUAUUGAAGUGGCAGUUAUAUAUGGAAGCCUUCCACCAGGAACAAAACUAGCUCAAGCAGCAAAAUUCAAUGACAUCAAUAACCCAUGUAAAGUUUUAAUUGCUACUGAUGCUAUCGGGAUGGGUUUGAAUUUGAGUAUACGAAGGAUAAUAUUCUACUCUUUGAUGAAGCCGACUAUCAAUGAAAAGGGCGAAAAAGAAAUUGACACGAUACCUGUGUCCUCUGCUCUGCAAAUAGCUGGACGAGCCGGGCGUUAUGGUACACAAUGGGAGAAAGGAUAUGUAACAACGUUUAGACCAGAUGAUCUAUCCAAGCUGCAACACUUGCUUUCACAAGAACCAGAAGUCCUUACUCAAGCUGGUUUACAUCCAACCGCUGAUCAAAUAGAACUAUAUGCUUACUACCUGCCUGAUUCUACUCUGUCUAAUCUAAUGGAUAUUUUCGUAUCGCUAUCUAUAGUGGACAACUCUUUAUACUUCAUGUGCAAUCUAGACGAUUUCAAAUUUCUUGCUGAUAUAAUUCAGCACAUCCCGCUACCAUUGCGCGCACGAUACGUAUUUUGUUGUGCGCCGAUAAAUAGGAAAAUACCAUUCGUGUGCACAAUGUUCUUGAAAUUCGCUCGACAAUACAGUAAAAAUGAAACGUUGACGUUUGACUGGCUUUGUCAAAACAUCGGUUGGCCAGUCGCCGCACCAAGAACAAUCAUAGAUUUGGUUCAUUUAGAAGCAGUAUUUGAUGUCUUAGAUCUCUACCUUUGGUUCAGUUAUCGAUUCAUGGACCUCUUGCCUGAUGGAGAUAUUGUGCGAGAUACUCAGAAGGAGUUGGAUGCAGUCAUACAAGAAGGCAUAGUUCAACUAACACAGCUUUUAAAGACCUCAGAGUCAGGUUCAAACAAUGGUGCUGUGUUAGCUCCUGACGAAGAUCACUUUGCACUGAACACCCAGAAGAACAAAUACUUCAGAGAUUCUAGAAGUGUCACAGCCAAGACUUUGGGACAAGGUAAAUUAACAGAAAGAUUACUGGCGCAAGGACUUCUCACUCCAAGCAUGUUGAACGAAUUGCGCAGAGAAUGGAAUCAGUUUACCGAUGACAAUGAAUCAAGUCGUCCAAAAAAAACCGGACGGAAACGUAAACUGAAAUGAAGUGGUCCUGUUCAUUGCCGAAAUUUCUCCACAAUUCAAGAGCCAAUCUGAUUUUAAUGAAAGAAUUAAAAUUGAUUAAGAAUUUAUAAUUUUAUGCGACAUCAAAUUUAUACUCCAUUCUUUGAAACUGUUAUAUUAAUCCUUUUAUGUGUAGUUCACAUAUGAUAUGAAAUGUAUCACAGCAUAAAAUGUGAUAUGCUGUAUAGAUGUAUAAUUUAAUUUGUAUGAAAAAUAGAAAAAGUUUACUUUGUCAAAA